AUGCCAUUUGAGUCGAGCCUCGUUAUAUAUCUGCUACUACUCGCCGGAGGCUUCACUUUCAUCCAAGGCGUCGACUUUCCGCAGUGCGAAAAUGUGGAGUCCAACACCUUCGUCAUGGCCAUCGAUGAUUGUGCCUCUUACAUCUAUUGCAACGGAGAGGACUCGUUCAGGGACAGUUGUCCGGAGCAGACAUAUUUUGACGACAGAACCCAGGAGUGUGCCUUCGACGAUGCUGGGGUGUGCCUAAGAGGACCAGAGGCGAUCGUGACAGAACAAGAGGUAGAGGAGAAGGACCCGACACCUAGUGCGGUUUCACCUGCCCCUUCCGGGGAUACCACUAUUGGCCCUUUUACGGAUUCUCCGGCUGCCGCGCCAUCCUCUCCGACCGUUAGUCGUCCGCAUUGCGAGUCGGUGGGCGAUGCUGUUCAUCCGCAUCCCCAGCGCUGCGAAUACUACUAUCGGUGCAUCAGCGGUUACCUGACCAUAGUGCGGUGUCCUUACAACUACGGAUGGGACUUUGCAUUGGAGCAGUGCAGACCGAGCACCGAGGCCCGGUGCUUCAGCUCAUAG